CGCCUCGCCCGGGGUGCGCGCAGCCGUGGCGGCCACCGGGGACCGCAAGGGGCGGAGGAAAGGAGGGGGCCGGCCUCGGCACUCGGAGGAACAGCCGAGCGUGACCCGAGACAACAUGGCCUCCCUGAUCCAACGGAUCGCCCGCCAGGCGUGCCUCACCUUCCGAGGCAGCGGGGGCGGCCGCAGUGCUUCCGACCGCGGCUCGGUGCCAGGCCCCGAGGCGCCGGGGCCGCAGGGCUUCCCGGAGAACCUGAGCAAGCUGAAGAGUCUGCUGACCCAGGUCCGUGCUGAGGACCUGAAUAUCGCCCCGCGCAAAGCGACGCUGCAGCCGCUGCCACCCAACCUGCCACCCGUUACCUACAUGCACAUCUACGAGACGGACGGCUUCAGCCUCGGCGUGUUCCUGCUCAAGAGCGGCACGUCCAUCCCUCUGCACGACCACCCGGGCAUGCACGGCAUGCUCAAGGUGCUCUACGGCACCGUGCGCAUCAGCUGCAUGGACAAGCUGGAGGCAGGCGGCGGGCAGCGGCAGCGAGCCCCACCGCCAGAACAGCAGUUCGAGCCGCCGCUGCAGCCCCGGGAGCGGGACGCUGUCCGGCCUGGCGUGCUCCGCUCGCGGGCCGAGUACACCGAGGCCAGCGGUCCCUGCGUCCUUACGCCGCACCGGGACAACCUGCACCAAAUCGACGCUGUGGACGGGCCCGCUGCCUUCCUGGACAUCCUGGCCCCGCCCUACGACCCCGACGACGGCCGGGACUGCCACUAUUACCGGGUGCUGGAACCGGUCAGGGCCAAGGAGGCCUCCGGAUCGACCUGUGACCUGCCUCGAGAGGUGUGGCUUCUCGAGACUCCGCAGGCCGAUGACUUCUGGUGCGAGGGGGAGCCCUAUCCAGGUCCCAAGGUCGUCCCUUGAAGCCGCGGGCGCCCAGGAGCGGUGGGCCGAAGACAUGCGCUACUCAGAUCUAGGCUCUCUCCCUACCCCCAGGCCGCCUGGUCAUUGGAUGUACAGGAGUGGGCUGUAGCCGCUUCCUCAGGAGCCUUAGGAAGCACGGGCGACUGGACUGCAGCCACCCGGCACGGUUAUGGGGGCGGGGGAAGGCUAGGUUUCCUG